AUGGCAUCAAUGGUUGUGGUGGAGAGGACCAUUUCAACUUCAAAGUCGGCGGCAAAUACUACAUCAGGUGUUUACUUGAAUGGCACUGGGGUCGGUGCUGUCAGCAUUGGAGAUACAACUGGAAGUGUUAUUAAUGGUGCGGCGACUGCUGCUGCCAGUGUGGACGGCAAUGAGAGUAUUUCAAGUUCAUGCUCUCCUGAGCAGGAAGACGAAGCCGCCAGCCCCCAAGGACAGGAUAACUUUGACAUUAACCUCGCUGAUAACACCGGAUCUAUUGAAAACAACUUCCAGGAGUUCCCAAAUGAGCCCGGGUAA